AUGAUAGAAAUACGCGAAAGAUACUGGAUAAUUAAAGGAAGACAAACUGUUAAAAAUAUCUUAAGAAAACGUAUUCUGUGUAAACGAUUUAAUUCUUCUCCUGGUGUGCAAGUUACUGCUCCUUUACCAGUAAAUAGAACAGAAGAAUUACCUCCUUUUUCUGUAGUAGGUAUAGAUUUCGGUGGACCACUUUAUACCAAAGACAGUGAUGAGAAAAACUACAUCGUGUUGUUUACUUGUGGAGUAACACGAGCUCUUCAUUUAGAGUUUGUUGGUAGCAUGACCACAGAAACAUUUCUUCUUGCUUUUCGACGAUUCAUUGCUCGUCGAGGUCUAUGUUCUCAAGUUUUGACGGACAAUGCCAAAACUUUCAAACGAUCAGAACUUGAACUUAAAAAUUUGUGGACUGUCAUUAGUCAUCCAACAGUAAAAGACUUUUACGCCUCCCACAAAAUCCAAUGGUGCUACAUCGCUGAGAAAGCUGCGUGGUGGGGUGGCUUCUAUGAAAGAUUAAUUAAAUCUGUAAAACUUGCUUUACGAAAAACUGUCAGAAAAACUACUUUAUCUCGAGAAGAGUUAGAAACUCUAAUUAUUGAAAUUGAAGGUUUUCUUAACUCUCGUCCUUUAACUUAUGUUUAUUUUGAAUUACAGGAACCUAUGCCUCUAACUCCAGCUCAUAUGCUAUUGGGACGCAGGGUGAAUAGUUUGUCUCCUGCCAGGCUUAAUUUUGAUUCUAAUUUAGUUAAUAGGAAAACGCUAAUUAAAAUAUUUAAUUAUCGAGAAAGAUUGGUAAGUAUGUUUUGGAAUAAAUGGAAAAAUGAAUACUUAUUAAUGCUGAGAUCUGUUCAUUGUGUUAAACCUUCAGGUAAAAUUACUGAAUUUAAAGUUAAUGAUAUUGUAUUAAUUCAUGAUGAAAAGCUACCUAGACAUUUUUGGAAAUUAGGAAGAGUUGUAACAGUAUUUCCUGGCAGAGAUGGAAAAAUAAGGUCUUGUGAAAUUAAAACAGGGACAUCAGUUAUUAAAAGACCUGUGCAGCUUUUAUAUAAUCUUGAAAUAAAUUAA